AGUGUGGCCCCGCCAUUUUCAUGAGCACGUACCCCUCCAGUGGCUUCCUCCACGCAUCUCACAGAUCCCAACUUCAAACUUCAACGCUUCGCCAUGGCGGCAAUCAUAUCGAGGUGGACGACAUCUCCGUCGCCGUCAGCUUCAUCGGCAGUUUCGUCGGCGUCGACAAUACUUACUUCAGUUAAGUCGACGAAAGAUAGCGAUCCGCCGACCGUGCGAUUUACCAGUACGCAAGAUCUCUUCGAUUUCAUUAAUUCCACUACUGGGGAUUUCCUUGCCAUCACAACAACGCCGGAAGUUCCGUUUUCGCCGCUACAAUGCCAAUUCCCGGAUCUUGAUCAUCACAAUCCCAACCCGUCUACAUGAGGCCCUUCACCUGGGACUUUAUUCCUCGUAUCUCCGAAGUACUACGGAGAAAAGUUAGGCGAUUCGACAGGCGGUCCACGGCC